AUGUCGAUCGAAACACUUUCCGAAGAGCAGCUCCGUACCUUGCGAGACGACCAGGAGCGCGUGUCUCUCUAUCUCAUAUUCGACCACGUGGCAAGGAUCCCGUCGCGCUUUCCAAACACUUAUGGUGUCGCUAAGCAGGAGUAUACGUCGCGACGAGAGACAACGAGCCUGGUGAUCACCGACAACUUCCCCGCCAGCGCAGCAAGAGCCUUUUCUAGGAUCGCCGCAGAGAAGAUCGCCCCAAAGAAGAUCGUUGCGAAGACUCAGCCAAAGGGUAGCCUGACAAAGCCGAUCAAAGCCGGCUCAGUCGCGUUCAAAGGAGCAAAGCAGGACCUCGAACCACUCAAGGAUGUGUUCAAGUGGCUUCUGACCUGCUGCGAAGGAGACAUGACUCUGCCGAAGCUCCAUCCAGACCCAAUACUGUCGAUGCUCAAGCUUCUCAAGAUCGCUGAGCUCAUCCAAGCGACGAGACUGGAUACAGUUCUUGCUAAUGGCCUCAAGUCCACCCUCCCUGUCAUGCCACAGACGGUCGAUUUCGCCACCACAGUCCGGCUGCUGGAAUAUCCUCAAGGCCAUGUCUAUCGUGACAUCGUCAUCGACAGACUGGCCGAAGCGAUCGUCUGGCCCAACGCCGCAGAUGCCCUCGAUAUCACCGAUCCACUCAUGGUCAAGCUCCGAGCCAAGGACACCGACUUCUCCUCAGCACUCGAAACGGCGGUCCGGGAGAAGAAGUUAAGCAUGGCGGCUGAGGCCGAGGCCGCGAAGCAAGCAGCUGAGGAAGCUCAACGUCUGAAGGUUGCGAUCCGAAACACGUGCAGACAGAUGCCGGGCAAUGGCAGGGAUGGACGUUGCAACAAGGAACAGCAUCGUGAGGCGAUGGCGGUUGCUGCUGUGGAGACCGAAGAAGAGAAGCGCCGAAAGGAAGAGGCUCAGCGACAGCAUGAUCGCGAGCUUGCAAAGAAGCGCUUCAGGAAGCCCAAGCGCGGUAAGCGACAGGAUAGCGCCGACAAACAGGGUCGCAAUAGGGGCGAGGGUGGCCAAGACCUGAUCCAGAUCUGA